GGGACAAAAGUGCUCUGCACCCAAUUCCACCUGGAAUCUUCCCAGUGGGUGCUGAGUGAACCCGGCAGAGCCACAGGACAGGAAACACCUGGGACAAAGGCACCUCACCCCAUUGUGGGGUCAUUGUGGGGACAUUGUGGGGACACCUGGCCAGGACAGACUGGCAGGGCUGGGGGCAGGGCUGGAGCCACAGCCAAAGCAGCAGCACCUUUUGUGGCACCGUGAUGUCACCCAGGUCCCCUGGGUGUAAACAGUGGUGCAGGGGACACUGCACUUCCUCCUGAGAGCUCGGGGAGCUCCGCGCUGAGCACGGCUCUGCCUGCCAAGGAAUGACCCACCCGCCCUACACCAGCAACCCAGCCAUGACCCAGAGCAACCAGAGCUGCUCCCGCCAGGACAUCGCCUUCAAGAGCAGCCUCUACGCCACCACCUACACCCUCAUCUUCAUCCCAGGGCUCCUGGCCAACGGUGCUGCCCUGUGGGUGCUGUGCAGGUUCCUCAGCAGGAAGAGCAAAGCCGUCAUCUUCAUGAUCAACCUGGCCGUGGCCGACCUGGCCCACGUCCUCUCGCUGCCCCUGCGCAUCUACUACUACAUCAACCACACCUGGCCCUUCGGGGACGUCCUGUGCUUGCUGUGCUUCUACCUGAAGUACCUCAACAUGUACGCCAGCAUCUGCUUCCUCACCUGCAUCAGCAUCCAGCGCUACUUCUUCCUGUACCACCCGUUCCGGGCCAAGGGCUGGAAGCGCCGCUACGAUGUGGCCAUCAGCGCGCUGGUGUGGCUGGUGGUGGGCGCUGCCUGCGUGCCCUUCCCCAUCAUGAGGAGCCACGGGCUGGGUGCCAACACCACCAGCUGCUUUGCUGACCUGGGUGUGAAGCCCAUCGACAGCAAGGUGGGCACGGUGCUGAUGACCGGUGCUGCAGAGCUGCUGGGUUUCGUGGGGCCGCUCGUCAUCAUCUUGUUCUGCACGUGGAAAACGAGAGACUCCAUCCGCGGCUUCCACAUCCCGCAGGAGAACAGCGGGGAGAGGAGGAAGGCACUCAGGAUGGUUUCCAUGUGUGCCAUUGUGUUCUGUGUGUGUUUUGCUCCCUACCACAUCAACUUCUUCUUCUACAUGUUGGUGAAGGAGAAUGUCAUCACCGACUGCUUCCUGAGCACCGUCACGCUCUACACGCAGCCCUUCUGCCUGAGCCUCGCCAGCUUCGACUGCUGCUUGGACCCCAUCAUCUAUUUCUUCAUGACUUCUGAGUUCCAGGAAGAGAUUUCCAGGCACAGCAGCAGCAUGGCCAUCCGGAGCCGGCUCAUGAGCAAAGAGAGCGCCUCGUCGAAGGAAUGACAAGAACCAAAGUACUUCCCAUGAAAUCUGAGACUGCUCUGAGAUUCUCCAUUACCAACUCUGUUGUGGAAGAUCCUGCAGGUUUGUCCAGGGUGGUUUGGGGACAGUGGAAUUUUUUCAGUGUAUAGAAGAUAAAACCCUGACUGAGACUGGUGUGCUGGAAUCUGGUGAGGGACACAAUUGGUGUGAUUGUCCCCAUCCUGUGCCAUCCCCACCUGACCUCACUGGACCAGAAAACACACAGGAGGGAGUGAAAAAACUUGUACUUGGAAAUGGUGGGAAAGUCCCAGGUUUUUCUUCUGCUUUCCCAGCUGCAGGCUCUGUGAUCAACCCCACAUUCACACACUGCUGAAGGAUCUUCUCUGGGAAAACCACACAAGAACCUAAAACUGGCCAGUAGCUACCAGAGCACAUUGUGGUUUGUGCAGGGGUCUGUGCACAGGUGAAGCUGUGCAGGUGGUUUCCAUGUGCUCCUGGGUUUGGUGCAUCCCACUGGUCCCCAGUGAGCUCUGCUCCCCCUUUCCACACUCACCCUCCUCUCUGCUCCUCCUCUCCCUCCUCACCCAGCUCUGUUUGCUCCCUGGUUGCUGGCACACCCCAGAACUUGCACCUGCAGCUGGUGCAAGACAAAUUCUCCUCAAUCAUCCAGAGAGUGGCUCCUUCCCUUGCUCCAGGUGACUUUGUUCCCCUCCAGGCUGGUGAGGGGGACGUGCCAGGUGGGUUUUGCCUUUGGACCCCUUGGGGCACCCCGUGGUGGUGCUGGGGUCGGUGCAGGUGGGUUUGAUGGGGCUGGAGGUACCACCCAGGUCCUCACUCCCUUCUGUGUGUGGUCCAGAGCUUCCUGAGCUGAAUCUGCCCCAGAAAAGCUCAGCUCGACCUGUUCAGUUGAUGCAUCUUUUAAAAAAGAGAGGAACCCUUGCCAAGGUGAUUUCACUGAACUUAACAGAAGUUAAGUUCAUUAAUUACUGUGAUUUUUUUUUCCACCAGGUCCUGUCAUGAUCCUAAUGUUUACAUUUUUAGGUAGCUAUGCAAAGCAGCCACAAGGAAGAAUUAAUUUACCCCUUAUUUUUAAUUAGCUACAGCUCUUCAGCUGAGUCCACCCACUCUGUAACUUCAUGAUACCUGGGGAUGGAUUUGGCUGAGCAGCCACCAAUUUCCUGCCUUUGGAAAUCAGUUAUUUUCAAAAGAAUGUGAACAAUUUGUACAGUCUUGCAACAGUUGCUACAAAACCAAAAGAAACACCAGAAACACUUGCCAUGUGUAUUUUAACUCCAACCGCUCAAUUCCUCUGAGUUAAAAUGUAACUCAGCCAAAUAUUUCCUGUAUAUUGUGUUUUCCCUCUUCUCUGUUUUACAAAAAACAAAACAAAACAAAACAAAACAAAAAAGAAAAAGAGCCAAGAAUCAAGGUUUAAGCAACCAUUUCCCUCUAAAAGGCAACAACACUGAUUAAACAAAAUAAGCUCUCUUGGUUCUCCUCCCAGGUGUGAGAUGAUGAUUUGGGGCUGAGCAGGAUGCUCUGGAAUCGAUGGAAAUGUUCUCUCUGAUGUCACUGACACAAGAAAUGUUUACACACUGCAAGGAGCCCCUUCCAAAGGUGUGGAUGCUCACGGACCGAGCUGACCUCACACAAUUCCAUUUUUAUCAGUUCAGCAGUCUCUCAUAAGCUACACCCUGUAUGAAGUUGUCAGGGCAGGAGGUUUCAGUUUCAGAGCUUGUUCUGAAGAUUUUUAUAGACCUUGCUCAGCCUCCCUGUGAGCUGUUUCCUGUCCCUUCACUUUCUCACCCUUCUCUCUUGGCCAGGUGAAAACAAGCUGAGGGAACUUACGGGAAAUCUGUAGCUCGUUCUGUGGGUUUUGCUUCCCAAGAAGUGAUGCUCAACAAAAAACAAAACAAAACAAAACAAAAAAA